CUCGCAGCCUCGACGGAGCCUGAGCGCCAUGUCCGGGCCCCGCCGGCCGAGCCCCCGACGCAGUCCCGGGACGCAGCUUGGGGGAUGCUAGAAAGAGCCCAGAAUGCCUUAUGUGGAUCGUCAGAACCGAAUCUGUGGGUUCCUGGACAUUGAAGACAGUGAUACUUGUGGGAAAUUCCUGCGAAGGUAUUUCAUCCUGGAUACCCAGGCCAACCUCCUCCUAUGGUACAUGGACAAUCCCCAGAACUUGGCUAUAGGAUCAAGAGCUGUUGGAUAUUUGCAUCUGACCUACAUCUCAAAGGUCAGCGUGGCUACACCAAAACAAAAACCGAAAACGCCUUUCUGUUUUGUUAUCAACGCUUUGUCUCGGCGCUAUUUCUUACAAGCCAGUGACCAAAAGGACUUGCAAGACUGGGUGGACGCACUAAAUCGGGCCAGCAAGAUAACGGUACCAAAGUCUGGGAAUUUGUCUCCAACCACAGAUGUUGCAAAAGCCCCCUACAAGACUGAAAUCAUCGGCGGGGUGGUUGUGCAGACGCCCAUCUCUGUCAACCAGAAUGGAGGGGACGGUUCUGAAGGGGGUGAGCUAGCAGUUCACCCUCUUUUGAGACGGUCCCAGAGUUGCAUCCCAACUUCUGGUACCAAAACACUAACUGGUCCUCCACUACUCAAAAGCGGCUACUGUGUAAAGCAGGGGAACAUGAGGAAGAGCUGGAAACGCCGGUACUUUACCCUAGAUGACAUUUCCAUCAGUUACUUCAAGUGUGAGCAGGAUAAGGACCCAUUGCGUUCAAUCCUUCUGAAGGAUGUGCAGAAAACUCACGAAUGCCUAGUUAAAUCCGGUGAUCUUCUAAUGCGGGACAAUCUCUUUGAAAUCAUAACAAGCUACAGGACCUUCUAUAUCCAGGCCUAUAGUCCUGAGGAUAUGCACAGCUGGAUUAAAAUGAUCACGGGGGCGGUGCAGGCACUGAAGAGCUGCCCAAGGGAAACACCCUUAGUGAGAUCCGUGUCCAUGAGCAAACGUGGGGGCCGUGCCUUGCCCAGCUCAGCCAUCCCAUCCAUUGCUAGAUUGAAGCAGUUGGGAGAGGAGACAAGGGCCACCUGCAAAGCGCCCUCAACAUCAUGUUGGCUGCCUUGGACGCCCGUGCCACAGUCAGAAAGCAAGCAGCAGUCUGCCGCCAAGGAGCAGGCCACUCAACUGAAGGAUUCCGAGUUUGCGCCUGUGUUUACCGAGCGAGACACUGGAGCUGUGCAAGGGGGUCGUUUACGGCACAGGUCAGAACCCCAGAACUUCAAAGAGCACCCCUUUCUAUAUGACCUGGAUGAUGAGAACAUCCGGACCUCAGACGUGUGAUUGCAGAAACUGAACAGCACUUGCAGGCAGUCCAGGGAAGCUGCUUAGGGUUCAGACGAGGCCCCGAUCCUGACAUCGAGUGUGCUGGGAGAACAUUGCCUUGCUUGCAUAUGCUGAGGCAACUGAGACUGGGAGCAACCACUGCAAUAUUAUGAACAUCUUGGGAAGGACGACCCGAUGGCGGCUACCAGCGCUGGCUUUCUUAAGGCCCAAGCCAUAGGUGAAUGAGUCAUGCCCAAGGGGUUAAACCCCUCCACAUCGUUGAUCCCUCCUCUCCCCCACAAGUUUACAAAACCAGGCAAAUGGUGUGAUCUGGCCUCACCUCCUUUAACUUGGGGAGAAGUUCAUCAAGUCUUUUUUCUCCAUCAAACGGAAAUCUUUCAGUGGAUGCCUUCUCACAUAGUGAAAGGAAGGCUAUGUUGUCAGGGUAGCUAGGAACACUGGGAAGGGGGUUGCUGUGUCCCUGGGUGUGCCUUUGGUGGAGUCCGAUAGACUUUAAUGUACAUGUUUGUGCCCACGCUUAGGUAGCAACACACUGGUGGUCUGGUUUCUGCGGUUGAUCCUUGCAGAGGCUGAGAGAAAGCAGUGAGGCUAGCUCUAUAGAAAUUCCUUGCGGCAGCCACUAAGGCACCCAUCUGCCGUGGGGGAGAGCACACAUGCUUUUUGCUGUUGCAUAAGAGGUUGGUGCAAAGUGGGUGUUGCCAGGAAACUGCUGUGUAGAUUGGAAAGCAUCCAUAGCAAAGAUAAUUGGGAGAGAGGAAAAUUAACCAGUGGUUAAUAACAUUUUUAUUGUAGAUUAAUAAAUCUUAAAACAACAAUUUUCAAACUCUGGUCUAGGGACCCCUUGGUGACCCACAGUGAACUUUCAAGUGCUCAGGAAGCCCAUGGCAAAAAAUAUUAAAGGCCUUUUCUGAGAACAAAUAGUAAUAAAUGCAGAGCGAAAACCCUGCUCCUUCUGCACUCUAAGGCAGCAGCACCAAAUGAGGAAGGGAGAGAAAUGGGCAUGUGUCGUAUGCCAUUGCAUUACACAUGUCAAGCAACGCCUGCUAUUUGUAUAGCAACACUUUACCCUGUGCCUUUUUGCACUAGAAUGCAGAAGGACAACGGUUUUCAUUUGGAAGACUUUCAAGCGGCCUCCUGUCUAAUGCAAGGGAAAGACCACAAAAUAGCACGCUGAUGAGAACAAUCAGUGUACCGAGUUUAAGAAUUGCUGAGCUGCUCCGUUUCAGCACCCGGUUCCAUCCUCCAUGAUGAAGGAACAGGGACCAGGUCGCGAGCACUGGGGCCUGCAUUAAGAUCUUUUGGGCUCUGAACAGGGCAGAAGAGACUUUGUGAGUUUCACAGUGAAGACAAAGUUCCCCCAUAUUUCCAAAUUAACAACAUAGCUGAGCUGUGUUUGCCAUUUCUAAGUGUGGUAUGAUGGGGGGAGAGAUGUUUCUCGAUACAUAGAGCUUUUAGGUUUUUAGCCUGGCGCCUCAGUCCAGCGAGGGAGAGAUCCAUGUUUGAAAGCAAGAUCCCUCAUGCUUUGCAGAAGUGUUUCUGUGUCUGUGACAUAUUCUCACAAAGGCCUCACAGCAAUGAGUUGGAAGCAGCUUUUGUUGCAAAUUGAGCAUCUGUGUACAUAGCAGAUCUGAAUCGGGGAACACUUAUUUCCAGCUGUUCAAGGAUUCCUUUCUGACAAACUGUCAUGCCUGUGCUUCAGAACUGCACAUGCUUCCUUGAAAUGCCAGCCAUGCUUUCCAUACAGCAGGAAUGGGUUAAGUUUGCAUCAAGUCGGGGGUACUACAGUGCAAAAGAGAUGACCCAAUAUAAUAACUUUUUAAAUUUUUGUUUUAAGCAUAGCAUUAACCCAAAACACCUUUUAAUGAUGCACAGAUGAGGCAUAAAGCUGAAUUUGGAGAUGUUGAGGUCCUUUUAUAACUCAGGCUGGUAUGUAUUUGGCACUUUAAAAAAAAUUGCACACAGGCAAUCCAAAUCCCAUGAUUGGAACAGCUGCAGCUUGUAUAAAUUGUUAGUUAUAUGAUUUGCAUAUUAUUGCAUAAUUUGUUCUGCUCUACCAUCAUCCUGUUCAUAUAACUUUUUCUGGAGUUCCUAGUCCUUAGGAGACAUGACACCCCCUAACCUCCAGACAAUCUUGCAGCUCAAUCCUAUGUCAGAGUUGAGUUGGGCUUACUGCUAAGACAAUAUGUACAGGCCUAUUCAGCUGCCUCUCUGCUUCUGAGAUACCAGCAGGCAUUGCCAACACUCUUUUAAUCACAUACUGGUAUUCAUAAGGCUAGAAACUUGGUGUUUUUUUAAAAAAAAAAAACAAAGUUGAGCUUCACGUCAAACUGAACUGAAUAACACUCUGCUUUUUCUGUCCCCCCCCCCUCAAGUCACAAAAUUACCUAACCAUGCACAGGGGAGGUUCAUUUUGGAAGGAAAAGGGGUCCAUUGUCUACAGAAUUAUUUGCUCAGGAUUUCAUAAAUGUUUUCUGAGCAUACCCUGGAAGGUGGGGUUGAUUUUCCAACAAUUUGCUGGGCACAGUCUUCUGGUGUAAGAGAAAGUGGCAUUUUUCUAUAUAAAAGGCAAGCUGUAUUGGCGACAACUCACUUUUUAUCCUGGCGCACCUGCACAGGAGCACCAGGAUAAAAACUGAGUUAUCACCAAUACAGCCUCUGGAGGGUGCCGCCAUGGCAGGAAGGGCAGACGAGGCAGCCCGUCCCUCUGGACGGUGCUGAGGUGACAGCACAGCGUUCCUGUGCUCCAUUUUCUAGGGCCCUUUUUUAACAAAAAUUGACUCUAUUGCUAGUGAGGAAUAAACCAAGUCAUUGAUGGGAUGUCGUGACCCCAAAAUACCUAUUAAGGAAUCUGUCCACUGUUUCUCUGCAUGACAUGCUGUUCUGGCUUCUUCCAGUCAACCCCUGCUAGAUGGAUAAUUUUGGAAUGGACUGCUCUAGAGGCAGGGUAAUUUCUGAACUUGUCUUAAAAAGAAAAACUUUUCGAGUACAAAUGUGUCAUGAACCUCAGCUAUCAGAAGUUUUGAGAAUCAUUGUACUAAGGACACAACCCACCAGGGGAUUCUUUUGUGCAGGGAGGGGAUUAAUCAUGCAGAGAUGUAGCAGUCAUCAUUGAAAUGAAUGGGAAUAGCAAAAAGAGCAUAGAAGCCAUUUCCUUAAAAAGUGUCUGUGAUCGGAAUCUGUGUGGACAGUUGUCCAUUGUCUGCUUAUCCCAUUCAGUAAAACGAGGUAAAAUUGAAAGGCAAUAGAAUAGACUGGAAGUAUUUGGACUGCAGGUAGAUGUCAUUUUUGACACUAGCAUCUUAGAGGGAGAGGUUCUAGAUGACCCAGCUCCCUGCUGUACUGCUGCUCUGGUUUCAAGGAGCAUUCGCAUACAAAGAACAUUCAGAAAUUACUUUCUCCUUUUGCAGUCUGUAGAGGUCCAACUCACUCCAUCACUAACUGGCUGAUGUUGGGAAACCAGCAGAAAGCUGGUGCUGCAGUGCCUCCCAUGUUACUGAGCUCAUGAAUUGUGACAAAUAAAUGCUCACCAAGAGCUCUGCUUGACAUGGGAAGGAAACGUGGCUGCAGAUUUGGGAUCGCAUGUUUACAUGAGAAUGAAAACAACAUCAGUCUAUGAAAUAGCAUUGUACUGUUACUAUGUGCAGUUGUGACUUCCCUGCUUGGAACUCAGUUCCUAGAUGCAUGGGGCUGUUUGACCCAGGACUGUGGCAUGCAGGGGGAAGAGGCUUAUGGCUUCCACUCUGUGUCAUUAGUCCCAUCUGAAAUGGCACUGGGGGGUGCUGUUUGGCUUUUGGAGGGCUCCUCAUGCGCUGAUGGGGUGACAUAAGGGCUUUCACAACAUGGCAAAUAGCAUACCCCGACUCCUAGGCACUAUUUCAGGUUAGGAAAACAAUGCAGGAAAUGAGACAUAAGCCCUUUUUCCAUGCAUGCCUGGAAACUGAGUUUCCAGCGGGGAAUCCUUGUGGUGUACUCAGGUCUGAUCUGCAAAUGAGCAUUGUGCAGUUACAACCUGUGAGUUGAGCCAUUAGUCCAUUAAUCCCCAAACUACUACCAAAAUUGUAUUGUCGAAGGCUUUCACGGCCGGAGAACGAUGGUUGUUGGGGGUUUUCCGGGCUGUCUUGCCGUGGUCUUGGCAUUGUAGUUCCUGACGUUUCGCCAGCAGCUGUGGCUG